UCCCCAUCCAGAGAAGGAGCAAGAGACCCCUUACCUCAAUCACACCCUGAGGCCUUGAGACUCUGUGCUCUUCACUUCACGUCUCUAUAAAAAGAGCUUUCCUUCCUCUAAGGAAGCAACAGCAGAUCCUCUCCUACUGAGCGCUUCAUUACAGAGCGGAGAGCAAGCAGGAGAGGAGGAGAAGGACCACAGUGGAGAGUUGCCAGUUUGGACAAUCUGUGGACAAAAAGGAGUGAGAAAAACAAGAAGAGAGGAAAAGCAUUUGGAAAAAGCUCGGAGCCUCACUUGUGUGUGAGUGUGUGUGUGUGAGAGACGUCGGCACCGGGCUGAAGAUGGUGUGUCAGUGCUGGCUGCUGGUGGUCGUAAUGGCGUACCUGUGUGUCCCCGGCCUCGGCUCAGGGUGCCUGGAAAGCUCCAUCUGCAACAACCUGAGCAACAAAGGGAGGAUCCUGGACUGUGUUUAUCUCUGCAUGUCUGUGAUCCAGACUGAGGAGCCGGAGCUCCGAACAGUGGACUCCAGCGUCGUCGACGACGACGCUGACAGCGACCUCUUGCUCAGCAUCAUUUUGGCCAACGUGGCUCCCGAAGACACUCUGGACCUGCGGGCCCGCGGCGCCGAGCGGCGCGCCUACGCCAUGGAGCACUUCCGCUGGGGCAAACCCUCGGGGGACAAGGCGCGGGAGCCCAAGCUGCGAGGCCGUAGCAACGAGCGGCGCUCCUACUCCAUGGAGCACUUCCGCUGGGGGAAGCCGCCGGGCCGCAAGCGCCGGCCCGUCAAGGUCUUCGCCUCCUCUCUGGAAGGGGGGGGCUCGCCCGAGGUCGCCUUCCCCGUCCAGGUGCGCAGGCAGCUGAGGGCCGACGACAGCGACGAAGCAAGGGAGGCGGCCCAAGCGGGGUCCAGGGCGGGCGCCAAGUCGCAAGUCCCUCUGAACCUGCAGCAGAGGAAAGACGGGACCUACCGGAUGAGCCACUUCAGGUGGGGCAGUCCGCCGGCGUCCAAACGGAACGGCGUCUUCGCGAGGCCGUGGGAGGAGAAGCCUCAGGGGCUGGCCAAGAUCAUCAGGAACAUUAUCGUCAAGGACGUACAGAGGAUAAUGGGCUGAGCGACGGAGGGGGAUAGAUGAAGGAACCUAACCGCCGCUGCAUGUUCGUACCCAGAUGUCUUCAUUUUAAAACUACAGAAACUUGUUGCAAUCUUUAGCAUGUUGCUGAAUUUAUUUUCUGGGCCA